AUGGUAGUCGACCCUGAUCUUGAUCUCGAUCUUGAGCCGGAAUUCAGCCCAGAUUUUUCUGCCGCAGGUCAAAUCGCUAGUAGAAUGACGGUUAGCCCACAACCGAGUCAUGCUCAGCCUGACUCUCACUGUGAUGUAAGCUCCCGUGAGUUGGUCCGUGGAUUACCUAGCAGUUCACGAGUUGGGCCUAAAACAGAAUUUGAAUUUAUGACCUCUCCCGGCUCCUCUUCGUCAAUUUUGAUCAAUCGACCAAAUAAAUCUGUCUCAUCCAUUUCCCCGAUUCUAACCUCGAGAGCCUCAAAGUCUCAUCGCCUUCUCACUUACCAUCAGGCUCGCUCCAUUGAAUUUACCAGUCCAUCAACACCAUCUUCAAGUCGUACACGAGGUUCUUAUGCAACCAGUUCAACCAAUAGCCAGACCUAUGGGUUAGGGACAGGCGGAUGUGUACUUUUAAAAAAAGCACGAUCUUUCAAGCGAGCAGAUAGUUUAGAAUGCACUAAUGAAAGCUCAGGAUUCUGGGGCAUCGCGAGACAAGCGAGGGCGAGUAAGUUGCUAUUGUUUUGA